GCAUAAUGCGCGUUAAUAGGCUAGUUUAUUACAGAUAGUAGAACGAACACGAAGAAGAAAACUUUCUUACCUCCUGGUAGUAGCAGUAUCAUGACUGUAGUGAAGAAAUGGAAAUGAGUUCCUCCAGCACUCGUCCAGGAGCGCGAGCACUUACGGCUAGUUUCUCACUAUCCCAUGUGGAUUAUGCUGAGUGGGAGUGGCGUUCCUCUUGAUUUCAAGGGGAACUACUCCAGGCGUUCCCCUCUACAUCUUCAGGGGGAACGCCACUCCCAAGGAAUCAAAAAGGACAAGUAAGCAACUACACGACAUUCAUUGCUAGGAGAAUGAAAAACUCGAAAAGUAGUGGGACGAGUGGCGUUCCCCCUGAAGAUUUAGAGGGGAACUACUCCAGGCGUUCCCCUUGAAGAUUUAUUACAGGGGAACGCAAACCGCGAAAUGAAAAACAGGAAGUAAGGCCAAAUGUUGAGCAACAGUUGUAAUGGAUUGUGAAAGACUAGUAGCGCUAAAGCACGAUCAGGAGCAACAGCCGCGGGCGCGAGAUGGCUUGCUGCGGGCGAUCGAGACACUGCAUUGUCGAGGCAGCCAUCACGAGGCAGCCAUCCUGCUUUCGAGGGAGCGGAGAUGUUCACUUGCACGAGCUCUUAGGGAUGGAAGUAGUAGUUUCUAAGUACUUACUUUCUCUUUUCUAGUACGAUGGAUCAUUGAUUGAUAAUCACAACAGACAAUAGAAGUGGAUGAACUUUUUUGAGAACUACUUACUCAAUGAAAAACGAGAAGGAACUGUCCACGACAGGGGAGAACGCGGCGAAUAGGUGGCUCGAAAACCUAGCUUAGUCUCCCCUACGCACUCCUCUAUUAAGUAGUAGAAUUGCAGACUGUAGUUAAGUACAGUAGUUGCACACUGCCUGAGAAUACAGAGUAUGCAGACUGUCCACAACUUUAAGGCUUGACGAAGUUGCGGAUGCGCCGGCAUCAGAGGAGCAAGAGCGGGAUUUCGUGCGGAUUUUCCGCGCCGCUGCCCCUUCUGUCUUCGUGUUGAAUCGCGACAGGUUCGAACAGCUCAGCGCUGUGGCAGCACGCGGCAGUAUGAGCAGCGCAGACGGUGACUUUUAAGGGUGUCGUGACGAAUUCAAAAUUUGAUUGCUAUAAUUUGUUAUAAGGCUCCACAAAAGCAAAACCCAAUCCCGCGUGGAUCCUGUUAAAGUACUGCGCUGGUCGCGCCUCGUGGAUUCUCGGGCGGUACUGAGGCAAGUACUGGGGCGAGUAUUUUGACGGGAUAUAUUCACGGGAUGGGUUAAGGGUAGCGCUAAAUUUGAAACUUCAUGAUGAUGAUCCCGCUUGCAAGAUGUCCACCGUAUGUAAUUAAACUUCUAGUUAGUAGGUAGUACUGCGGAAGUCGAUGUUAACUAUUUCUUUGAAUCCUGAUGUGCUCAACAACAUAUUGUUCAAUUUCAUCCAAGUACAUCUUACUAAUAAUGUAAAAAAAGUAGUGGUCUGUCUGAUAAUUAGUAUGCUCGUACUUGGAUAAUUCUAAGCUUCCAGCCGAAGCACAAAGCGUGCAUCAGUGGGUAGCGAGAUGUCGUUCACUGAGCAAGACAUCGAUGAUGAGAUCGAACAGUUUCUUGGGCAACUCAGAGAUCGAGACCCGGAGGAUGUUUAAGGCGGAUUCUCUUAAGAGGUUUUUCAUUGGGAACAAAAGGGGUCCUGGCUCUAGAAGUAGGACAAGGAAGAUGUCUUUCAAGAGAGCUGCAGAUGAAUUAUAUUUAUAGCGCGAAUUCAUCUAAGAUAUUUUGCGACCGUUUACCGAUGAGGAGUUGCGCAGAUUUGUGGUAAAGCAUAUCUCGGUCGAACAGAGUUUUCAGUUCUGCCUUCGAGAAGGCCUCGCGCCGCUCUAUCUGCAGCCCAAGUACCUUGUUUUGCUGUCGGAAUCAGAGGGGAUCGUCAUUGUCUUAAGGCAACCUAAAAAUGUCAUAUCUCGGUCUUCAGAAGCAUCUGAUCUUGUAGGUGUCCCAGAUUAUCAGAAAACAGCUUGUUGCGAACGAUUAUCUAACACCUUGCCUUCAAGACGUUAACCUAACUAGUAUGAAAACAAGUCCUUGUCCAAGUCCAAGAUGAUGAACAGCUAAGAAAACACUUACUUUAUAUUUUUAUAAUAAGAUGAUGAGCUAUGAAAGCGUCUAAUUGCGACCUACGGUUUCGUGGCUGAGGCUACCAAAAGCCAGACGCAAGUUGUUGGCGAUCGGCCAGAUCGUAAGCGAACGCCAUGGAUCGCGCGUCUCGAACUGCGAACGAUUAAGGGUAGUUGAUCACUGUCCCGUCCCGUGUGGACUAUACAUAUACUGAGUGAACAAAUCCCUCCUGAUCAUCUGAAGGGGAAAAUGUUGUUGUUGAACUUGAAUAUAUUUGAAGAUGUUGUUGAACAACAUGUUGUACAUCAAGAACAAAUGGGCAAGAACUACUUACUCGACCAGGGAUUGAUAGUGAAAAACUUCUAGCUCUAAAACGACGAUAAGUGGCGGCUCCGAUAGAAAGAAGAUCAACAGCAGGGUUCUUAGCCAUACGAUUUUUCCAGCGCGUGUGGUUUUAGCUAGGGCGUACUAAAUUGCUUACAUCACCUCUUCCUCCGCAAGAGCCUGAGCCAUUCUUUCUUGCCCUCUCUCUUUCUUCUACUUGGUACAACGACUCUGCAUGUUCUGAUGGAACUCCAGUUUCAACGAGUCCUAGUAUGUUAAUGUAGUCAAGAAUGUAUCACAAUCUAUCGUAUGAUGAGAGAGCGAGGUCAAGAAAAGUGUUGAUGUUGUUUGUUAUCAAGUAAGAUAUUUAAGAUAUUUCAUUUUUUUUUUUACGCUUCUAAUGUAAACACUCGUACAUUUAUCGACGCCGACGUCCCGAUUCUUCGCGAAAAAUACUUUCCUAGUACGACGAGUCAAUGACGAUAUGCACUACAGGGAUCAUCAUGGGAGAUUUUAUUUGGAUUGGAGAUUGGAGGUCAACAAGAUUGGGACGGCCUCUAAUGCUUCGGUGAGCGUCACAGGGACGACUACAAUGACAGUAUUUAGAUGGUUGAAGUUGUCAAGUGCUGGAUGUCUACGUUUUAUUUUGCUCAAACAUUGUAGCACUUAUGCGUAGAUUGAAGCUCAGCUGAUCAUCCUACUUUUUCAUCCUUUUAGAAUAAGUUACAGUUUCGAUAAAAGAUUAUCAGAAUGGGCAUGUUUUUUUUUGAUGUGAAAGAUAGAUCGAAAGAACAACAAAUAAACCUGAUGUGCCAACGCUUCUUCAACUCACUACUUCUCUGCUAGUCUUCGUUGCUCUCUCUCUCUCUCUUCAUUGUCUUAGCUUACUAUGUACUCUUCGCGAGUAUCGUUCGGUGAUGAUAUCCUUCCAGUUUUAUUGUUGUUUUCAGACUAAGAACCAAUGCUUGGAUUAGUCUAAUGUUAGUUGUCUCGUGGUGCGGUUCAUUAUUGCCUGCUUUCUCAAGUUGAAGUUUUUUUUCAGUUCGGCUUUUUUUUGUUUCUGGUAUUGUUCUCUGACGUGAGGCCAUCUAUUCGUGAAGUUUCGUAGUAUACUCUCCCCAAUUUACAGACACAACUAAUACUAGUAUCUCUUACCUACAACUUCUACUUUAAUCAUGUUGAGCUUCUGAAAUAAGUUUAUAUCGGUGUUUGAUUAAGUGUGUCCGAGCUUUUUUUCGUUCACCCACGUUGUGCCGUAAAUAUGCUGAAAAUGUUGGCGUCAUCCUACUUGCUUUUGUUUCCUUGUCGACGUCUACCUCUACGAAUUACUGGCUCCAAAUUUCUGAUGAACAUGAUCAUCGAUCCACUUCCGUAACUAAUAAGGGCUCGAAUACAAAUUGAAAGCGAAUUCAAACUCAAAGCGCAGCACUCCCAUCCUCCUUAAAAGAAGUCAAUCAACACGAAGACGAGCGCAGACCUGGGACCACUAUCCCUGUGUCCUGGAAUUUCGAAAAAUGUGAACUCCACUUGUAGGUGGGAAUUAUGGCAAAUUUUCGAAAAUAGCCAUUCAGAAGUCAA